UGUAGCGGGACGGGAGGGGUCUCUUCCACUUAGGCAGCAGAGUGAGAUAUUUCGACUCGAGCGCAGUGAGAUGUGUAGCGCAACACAGUGAUACCUGCUAAUAUCAUUGGAGACAAGUUUGGAAAACAAGUGCUGAAGUUUGGAAUAAAACGUCUUUGUGGUUCUCCAAGUGAUACAUUUGGUCGGACAAAGGAAAGCGUAACGAGUUUCCCAAACUUUGGAGAGAGAGGAGUCUAAACCUGUUUUCUUCCCCGACAUUAGGACCCUGAGAGAGGCUGCAUGAAGAGUGGAUACUGUUUUUAUUGGAUUUUAAUCUGGACAUUAUUUUCCUAAAAUGUCCUCAAAUUAUUUCGCUUCCAACUGCUUUUAUUGUAUAGAGAGACGCGGUGACCGAGGAACGGGCGACUUCACCUGUCAUGCGGAAUACAAACUGUAGGAAUAGGAAAUUGUUUCUGGAUUAAGCCUGCGGUUACAGUUGUUACAUUUAUUGGCGCGUGACCUAACUGCAAGUGAAGGGGAAAUUAAUUUUCAACUCAUGUAAUUGUAAAGCUUGGUGAAUGAUUUACAAUUCGACCUCUCUAUAGCCUCGACUUGGUGCUUUAGUCGAUCUUUCGAAAUCCUCCCAAAGUUUUAAUUGAUUCGUUGGAUAAAACAACAGUCAACGUUUAUUUAGAUUUUUUUCCGGACCUUUACUGCAUUUAUAAUCACCAUGGUUCAUUCGAAAGGUGCUCAUGCGGUUGGAACAGAAACUUGCGGUCUGGAAUGACAUUUGUCGGUGAUUUGUAGAACAGAGGACUCUGGACAUGCUGCUGGAGCAAUUACGCUCUCCUGGGAUUUCAUAUUUCCGAGAUGCAGUCAUAAAUUAUAGGAAGAACUGAGCUGAGAAAAUACUCAAGUCUACAGCACAAUUUCAGUAAUAUUUCUACCUAUAUUUAUUUCCGGAAAUAUCCCACUUUCCAAUGGCGACCACAGUAAAACCCCAGCUAUGCGGUGUCGUCCGUUGGCUGCUCGCGUUGCUCCUCUCCCAGCUGCCCCGGCUCGCGCAUGCUGCCUCCAAGGAUAUAGUGUGUGAGCCCAUCACGGUGCCCAUGUGUAAGGGCAUCGGAUACAACCUCACCUACAUGCCCAACCAGUUCAACCACGACACCCAGGAGGAGGUGGGCUUGGAGGUCCAUCAGUUCUGGCCCUUGGUCCGCAUCCACUGUUCCCCAGACCUGCUAUUCUUCCUGUGUUCCAUGUACACCCCAAUCUGUCUGCAGGACUACAAAAAGCCCCUGCCCCCCUGCCGCUCUGUGUGUGAGCGGGCCAAGCGAGGCUGCUCCCCACUCAUGAUCCAGUACGGUUUUGAGUGGCCAGAGAGGAUGAGCUGUGAGCAGCUGCCUCAGCUGGGAGACGAGACUCUGUGUAUGGACCAGAACAGUAGCGAGACCACGACCCUCUCCCCUCUCUUGCCCAAACCCACCCCCAAAGGCACCCGCCGCAGGCAGCCCGCCCCCAAGCCCCCUGUCCCCCAGGAGUGUGACCGGGACUGCCGCUGUCGGGAUCCUCUGGUGCCCAUCAAGAAAGACGCCCACCCCUUAUACAACCGGGUCCACACUGGCCCUGUGGAUAACUGUGCUCAGCCCUGCCACCACCCUUACUUCUCCCAGGACGAACGCACCUUCACCACCUUCUGGAUCGGCCUGUGGUCCGUCCUGUGCUUCGUCUCCACCCUGACUACCGUGGCCACCUUCCUCAUCGACAUGGAGCGCUUCCAGUACCCUGAGAGACCCAUCAUCUUCCUGGCUGCCUGCUACCUCUUUGUUUCCCUGGGCUAUAUUAUACGACUAGUGGCGGGUCACGAGAGGGUGGCGUGCGCUGGGAGCGGAGACCAGCAGCACAUCCUGUAUGACACCACGGGCCCCGCCCUGUGUACCCUGGUCUUCCUGCUCAUCUACUUCUUCGGCAUGGCCAGCUCCAUCUGGUGGGUGGUGCUCUCCCUCACCUGGUUCCUGGCCGCGGGCAUGAAGUGGGGGAACGAGGCCAUCGCUGGUUACUCUCAGUACUUCCACCUGGCUGCCUGGCUGAUCCCCAGCGUCAAGUCCAUCGUGGUCCUCGCUCUGAGCUCUGUGGACGGAGACCCAGUGGCGGGUAUCUGCUACGUGGGGAACCAGAGUCUGGAGAGCCUGCGGGGGUUUGUGUUAGCUCCCCUGGUGGUCUACCUCUUCACCGGCUCCCUGUUCCUCCUAGCGGGCUUUGUGUCUCUGUUCCGCAUCCGCAGCAUCAUCAAACAGGGAGGGACCAAGACGGAUAAACUGGAGAAGCUGAUGAUCAGAAUCGGAUUGUUCACGGUGCUCUACACGGUUCCUGCUACUAUAGUCGUAGCCUGUCUGGUGUACGAGCAGCACUACAGGCCUGGCUGGGACCGGGCUCUAUCCUGCUCCUGUCAGGCUGAGAGACAGAGGCUGGGUCUGGGGCCCGACUACGCCAUCUUCAUGUUGAAAUACUUCAUGUGUCUGGUGGUGGGGAUUACAUCCGGCGUGUGGAUCUGGUCCGGGAAGACCCUGGAGUCGUGGAGGAGGUUCACCGCUCGCUGCUGCCCCUGCUGGGCCUCCAAGCCCACCGCACCCCCCUCCAUGUACAGUGAGGCCAGUACGGCCCUCACGGGACACCCCAGUGCGGCCUUGCCACCAGGGUCCUACCACAAACCUGCCCUGCCCUCACACGUGUGAAUGGGACCCUUGAGGGUAGAGGAGCCACGAAUGCACGUGUCCAGUGAUAGCCCCCCCUGUCCUGUGUGUGACUGUGAACAUGCCUCACCUGGACAUUGGACAAGAUGGUGACUGUGAUAAAGCACCAUACAAAUCUCUGGAAGGAAAAGGGACAGAGGACAAGGAGAUAACCAAGUAAUUCCACAGGUUGUAAAUACAACAUUUAUCGACCAACCAGCCUCAUUAGCUCUUCUUCUUGGAACACACAGAACAGACACAAAUGUGUUUUAACAGGAAAGAAAUGGGACGUUUGUAUCAUAUGAACACUGUGGUACUUCUGGUGCGCCUUGCUGCUUUGGUAAAGUACCACUACUUCAAAAGACCCACUAGAACAUUCUCUCAGAGCGGGAAAAUUGAGAUGUGUUUUUAUGUGUAUAAACCAGUACUCCUGUCGAUCUCUCUGGACCAUUAGAGAUGACUCACUAUUUAUUCCUGUAUAUAUAUAUAUAUGAUGCUCUAUAAAAGACUAUGGAUUGAGCUGGCCCAGAAUGCCCCCAUUAUCCAGGGUAUUAUUCAUUGUGGACACUGGGUCCGUAAUGGGUGAAAACAAAACAACUCGAGUAACACUGAUGAAAAUAUGUAAUUUUUAUUUUCAGCACGAUCCCCAGUGAUUUGAAUCACAAUAUUCUGUAUGAAUCAAGUACAUGUUUGGUGUAUCUGUGGUAUGGAUGCGUUUGUAUGCUGCUCGAGUUGAAUCAAUCAGUAUGUACCAAUGCACACAAUAUUUGCCCUAUUCUGCCUGGUAAAAUCCAGCUUGGUUGACUGGCCGGUCUGUGAACAACCUAGCCGGUCAGUUCAAUAGUAGGAUGAGGAUCUCUAGCCCAACUGUUGACCAGUUGCUGGACUGGAUUUAUGAGGUAAUCUGAGUAUGGAUGUGUAGCAGUGUACCAGUAAACGACAGUUAUAAAGUCUAUACUUUUCUCAGAGUACUAUUUUCGUUUAGAAAUCAAUGUCAAAGGUAGCCUCUAAAAACCACAUACCCCAUAAUAGCAAUUGCAGUGAAUUUAGUGCUUUGGAAUAGCCUUGAUAUAGAACAUGUUGUAAGCGGUUUGGAGGGACUACUGUCUGUCUGUCAGAUCAGUCUCCCAGGCCAGAAGAGAGUAGUCUCAAAGUGCACCUGGCUUUCGCACCUAUGCCAUUGUUACUACCUACCCCUAGUGGUACACACAGGAACUGUUCACACCAACCCAAUCGUGAAUUUAUGUAUCCCCUACGGCUCUGUAUACAUUUUCAAUGACCGUGUCAGUACCCAUCUUGUGAGUUUUACAAGUCAGAGGUUUACAAAAAAGGGCAAAACAUUUCUGUUCAAUGGUAUCCUGCAGACAUCAAAAACUGUCUUCUCACAAGGGAUAUACUGUCAUCUAUAGGAAUUGUGGUGGACAGCCAGAGCAUGGUUAACUCUGGGUGAACCAAAACCUUGUCCAGUUGCCGUUUUCUGCCUUUCUACUGUUGUGCUUGUCCAAGUUGUGUCGUGUGCUUCAUUGUUUUUCUAAUCAGACCAAUGUGUAAGUGGUCCAGUGUCUGUCUGUUUAAUUUAUUAGCAUGUUUCAUCUGUGUGUGAGUUAUACCCCAUCAUUUGUACAUUUGCUUUGGCAUCCUUCCUUAGACAAGUCUGGACUGCAGCUUUGUGUCUACUUAAUUCUUCAAGAAUGAAAUGUCAGAUUUAAAAAAAAAUAGAUAUUUAUGAAAAUGCAGUUCUCUUACUCUUGUUUCAUUUGUCUCUGACUGGUAGAGAAUAAAACUGUGGACCAAUC